AGCACAGGGUUCCUUUGCCUUUUCAGUCCUGAGUGUCUCUUGCAAUGGCUCCUAAAAAAAAGGAAGAGCCAAAGCCUGCUGCACCAGCAGCGCCCAAGCCCCCAGAGCCCGAGCGCCCCAAGACCCCGGAGUUUGACCCAUCAUCAGUGACGCUGGAAUUCACCCCGGAACAAAUUGAGGACUUCAAAGAUGCUUUUCAGCUGUUUGACCGGACCCCAAACAAUGAGAUGAAAAUCACUUACGCUCAGUGUGGGGACUUGAUCCGGGCGUUGGGCCAGAAUCCUACCAAUGCAGAGAUCAUGCACGUUCUUGGAAAGCCCAAACCUGAAGACAUGCAGACAAAGAUGCUUGACUUUGACCAAUUCCUACCAAUCCAUCAACACAUUUGUAAAGCCAAGGAUCGUGGGACAUUUGAAGACUUUGUGGAGGGAUUAAGGGUGUUUGACAAAGAGGGGAACGGCACAGUCAUGGGGGCUGAGCUCAGGCAUGUUUUAGCCACUCUGGGUGAGAAAAUGAGGGAGGAUGAAGUGGAGCAGCUGAUGCAAAACCAAGAGGAUGCUAACGGGUGUAUAAAUUAUGAAGCUUUCGUAAAGUACAUAAUGGCAUCUUAA